CCGAACUCACUUUUCCUCCGGUCUGUUUGCCCGACUGUUUCUCUUGAGCUAUCAUUACCAUUACGCAGAAUAAUUACAUCAGCUCGCAGCCACUUCCAGGCAUCGAUCUGUAACUCGAAUCAAUCCUCUGGGGACCCAAAGGGAUGAAAUGGUGAUCUAUGGUUGUGUGUGAGGGGAAAAACCUGACUUUCAGGCACCGUCGGAGUUCCAGUCUGUGCGAUGGUGGGACGGUUCCUGGUAUAGCUGCAUCUCUUCCUUCUAAGUGCUCUAAUGAGAUAGUGGGCAAGAAAAAAACUGUCCGCGGGAUGCAGCGUGUGAGAAACGGGAAUAUGAAGAUGUGCGGCGUAUGUGUAACGAGUUUCUAAUUAAAGACACAGCGAUGUGAGGCCACGAGGGACGACUGCUUCCGUCUGAGAGCCUCAAUAAAUUGGCGAGAAUCGACGGCGAAUGUUUGGAGACGUUCAGAAGGCGAGCGGCGCGCGCGCUCAGAGUCCUCCAGGAGCUUUCUGUGGAGUUUUGGAAACAUCAGAAAGGAGUCUGACCACUUCAACUUCCCACGCUUGAAUAUAAUAAAGGACAGUUCGCUUUAAAGGACAGCGCGCUUCUCGUUCUCUCUCUCUCUCUCUUUCCAGCUCGUUUUGCGAGCAUUGCGUGGGGUUUAAAUAAGCACCGGACACUCGGCACUCAAUAAAACAAACAGCGCGCGCCAAAAUCGCCUCAGGCUGCUGUGGAGAUUCAAGGACACGACCGUCCUCAGACUGCGCGAUCCUGGACUUGGGCUGUGCGCGCACUCUGGUUUCGGGAGAGAUGCGCGCGCUGCGAGCUCCGGUGCUGGUAAUGGGGCUCCUAAUGUUAAUCUGCACUGCCGCACAAAGUGAUGCCAGCGCGAACAAAGUGGAGAAAACGCUCAGACGGAUCAUGGAAAUCAUGAGACAGGUGGAAAACAGCGCUGACGACGAGAGCGCGCAAAAGACAGAGAGCGCGCCUGAGCUGAAGGACACGCACACGCACCAUCUCAAAACGGCAAGUGGGGAAACAAUUUUAGAAAUCUUUCCCAGAGACCUCAGAAGGAAAGAGAAAGUUAUCGGAAUAUUAACAGGUCCUCUUUAUUUUGGUCCAAAGUGCAAGAAGGAUGUCUACAGGCUUUACCACAACACUAGAGACUGCACCAUCCCUGCACACUACAGACGUUGCGCGCGGCUCCUGACACGACUGGCGGGGACUCCGAAAUGUCAAAAGGGUUAACUUAUAAUUACCAGGUUGAAGCCAAACCAGAGUGACCCAGAGAAAACAACAAAAACAGCAGUCAAAAGUGCCUUUGGACAAGAGAAGAGAAGAGAAUUUACACCAACACGCAACAUUCCACAUAAUCAGCACAUCACGUCCAGAGCACUGCUCGGCCUCUCUGGAGAAUAGAUGAGGGAAAGAAUUGAUAGAGCAGUAAAUGGAUAGAAAAAUGGGAUGCUCUUGCCCAAGGACGGUAUGAUGGACUCAGCAUGGAGCCGAUGUUAAAAUACAAGAUGUCAGAGAAUGAAAACAGAAAAACGCAUCUGGCGUUUUGGGUUCUGAACCCGUCUGCCAAAAAAACGAAAACCAUUUUCCAUUGUUUCAUUGCGAAAAAAGGGAUUGCCGUGGUUUUUACAUUGCGUUCUCAUCAGACAUUGAUAGUGAUGUUUCGUGCGACGAGCCUCAACGGGGUUACAAAUACAAGGACCUGUCAGUGCAAUGAGAGAGAGCUUUCAUUUUCUCCGUGCUAGUAAACUGCAUGAACGUUUCCUUUCGCUUCAGUUUGCCAGCAGACAGGUCGAGUUCUGCAGUUAAUCUGUGACCAGAAGCUUCUCGAUGUUUGUUUGUUUGUGAGACUACGACUGUGGAAAUACAUUCAGUAUAUUUUGAUAUGUAAAUAUUGUACAUACGAGACUUACAAAUCCCUAUAACAAACCACAUAAGCAUCUGGCGUACGAAUGCUUCGUUGGGAUAUGUAUAUUUAAAAGAAAAUAUAUUUAAAUAAAUUAUGAUUGUUUAAA